CAGCGCUCGACCACUCAACUCAUACCCGCUCACUUCUCAUUAAAUAGAUAUGAUCAGUACGUAUGUUUCCUCAACUCUACAAUCACAAAGCAAAUCAAGGAAGCUAACGAGAGAAUCAAAAUGGCUAGUAGUGGAAGUGAUCAUCAGCGUGUGGUGGUCGUAGGAGUAGAUGAUUCAUCACAUAGCUACCAUGCACUCGAGACGGCUCUCGAUCUCUUCUUCAUACCUUUCAAGGCCAACCCACAAUUCAAACUUGUCGUUGUUCACGCCCGACCAACAGCGACCUCCUUCAUCGGGGCUGCUGGUCCCGGAACGGUAGAUAUAAUACCAAUGGUGGAACAAGAUUUGAACAAGACUGCGGAAUUAGUUAAGAAGAAGUCCGCCGAAGUAUGCUCGGCUAAAUCUGUUGAGAUGGCGUCUUCGGAGGUGAUUGAAGGAGAUCCGAGGAAUAUAAUGUUGGAAGCCGUGGAGAGACAUCAUGCAUGUGUUCUUGUCCUUGGUAGCCAUGGUUAUGGAGCUGUCAAGAGGGUGUUUUUGGGGAGCGUAAGUGACUAUUUAGCUCAUCACGCACAUUGCUCCGUGAUGAUCGUCAAGAAGCCUAAGGCUAAAUCUACUUCUACUGAACAACACUAAUGAGAGGA